AUGUCUUCUUCACGGGACUUCAACGCUCCUUUUGCCAACUACCGGCGAAACCGUUCCCGCUCCCGCGACCGGUUUUCUAGGCCAGGUCCUUCUCGCAUUGCCUCAGGGGACCAUGUGAGGGACCGUGAUCGAGAGCGUGACCGAGAUCGACACCACGAGCGCGAACCCCGCGAUCGCGAUCGGAGGAACGACCGCGACCGCGACCUAGACUUGGCCCGCACCAUCCACACACCACAAGACCAGCCAGCCAAGAUGGACCCGGACCGGGCCUCGGCCGAGCUGGCAAAGGCGCUCCAUCAAGUCACCGACCUCAUGACCCAGAGGACCCAGCUCUCGCUCAAGAGGGACGCCGAGCUCAAGGCAUAUCACAAGAGAAAACAAGACUACGACUGCCAGAUCUCAAAACCCGUGCAGUUUCCGGCUGUGCAUGACGCCUUCCAGGGGAGCCAGAACCACCACAAACAGACUCUGGCAGGCAUUGAUAAGGAACUUGCCGUGCUAGCCUCAAAGGAGACUGUCGCUUUCGACAAGUACGCCCAGACGCUCGUGAGGGCUUUGCCAUUCGACGAGAUCAAGAUCCGCCAGAUUUUGGAAGCUUCCAAAGGAGAGCUGGGCCUAGUCACCACAUCAUCGCAGUCAGCCCAAGAAGAACGACUCAAGAAGUUAGAUCAGCGACAGGCUGGCUUCGAGGAGACAUGGAAGAAGCAGAUUGCUUCGCUGAAGGAAACUCAAGACAAGCAGGCGUCCGAAUUGGCCGCGCAUAGGGAAAAAGAUAUACUGCGUGCAGAUUUGGCGAAAGAGAACGAACAGCUGAGGGCGCAGGUGACUUCUUUGAGAUCCGAAGUCACAAGCCUGGCCCAGCGCCUCGGGGCGGUCGAACCGACCGAAUCGUUCCGGGCAUACGUUGACAAACAAAUAGGCGAGCUCAAAGCCGAACUCAGCAAGAUCGUGGAGGAAGUGAGACUCGAUUCGACUGCCAAGACAACGCAGGACAAGCCGAGCGCAGUCCAGAACGGGAGUUUGCUCCAGGACAUGGCGGAUCUAGGACAGAAGUGUGGCGAGCUGAGUCGAGAGAUCGAGAAUCUGAAGGACACAUCAACCAGCCACACUGAACGGAUUGCGGCCCUGGACACGGGUGUGAAGGACCACGAGGCUCUGCUAGCAAACAUCGAUGUCGAGAAUCUCGAUGAGACAAUGGCGGACUACGCUGCGCUGAAAAGCCGAGCUGACGCUCAGGAUAUGGUCAUUGAAGGUGCCAAGCGAUCCGUGGCCGAAUGCCUUGCGAGGAUUCCUCAGAAGAUGCCCGCGGAUCUCCCUGCGAGUUUCAGGGCAUGGUCUGAUAGGUUUAUGCAGGUUUUCGCAACAAAACUGGAUGAACACACGGCGCAAAUCAAGAGCCUGCAGGAUUCCAAGUCGGCCACGGGUACCGUUGCCGUGGCACAAGCCAGCCGCCCUGCGACGGCGUCGACUCCCAGAAUCAGCACAAGUCUCGCCCCGGAGUCAGAAGCCGUUGCGUCUGGUGUGACGUCCGCGGAAUCUCGCCUGACGGAAGUUGAGUCCAAGACCGUCGCUAUCGACUUGAAGGUCACAGCUUUACAGGAGACUGUGACCGAGGUGCAGAAAAUCGUGGCUGGUUCGCAGGACAGCAUCAACGCACUCGGAAGCCAGGCGGACCGGCGUUACGGAGCUCUGGAAACGAUGGUCGAAAGCCUGAGUAGUCAGUGGAACAACACGAGCACUACCCAAAUGGCUCAUGCCAUCCUGGAGCAGCUCAGUAGACUCCAGCCCGCCCAGCUCGUGCCUGAGAUACGGCAUUUCCAGGAGAGGCUGUCAGACGUGGAGAAACUCGUCCAAGAAGAUGGCGAGCAGCGCAAGAACCUGUCCAUGGGAAUGCAGUCCGUCUGCGACGAUAUCGCCAAGGCACCUAAACGAGGCCUGGGUCCCGAGGAAAAAUUCCCCGGCCAUCAUGACAAGCGGGCAAGAAUCGAGGGCCAGAAUGGCGUGAAUGGCUAUGGCAAUGGCUACGUCCAUCCAUAA